AGGGUGCUGAAGAGGAAGUCACCGCCAACACAAAACCACUAGAGCACCGGCGCUCAGUUCCUUCUCAGUCAGCUAGACCCUGCGACCAUUUGUUCAAAAGCUUUUCUUUACAAAUCAACCUCUCCGUUUUCAGAGAUAUAGAAGAAGGAUAUCUGGAGCAGGAGUGACAGAGAGAAACAGAAAUACUGUACAGUCACAGAUACCAACUAAAACUACCUACGUGAACAAACUGAACUGCCAACAAGAUGUCUCUUGAAAGUGAGUGGCUGAGCAGUAGACUGAAGCUGUGUCAUCUAACCAGCUCCUCAGAUGAAGAUCAGAGGGCUCCAGGAGGUCGACAGAAUUCAGGAGCUGUGUAUUUUACCACACAGCCAGGUGAGACUCCCACCUACAACAGAACAUCUGUUCUCAACGCACUCAAUGCAUAUACCCAAGGAUUGAGCCAGGCUCUAGGCAUGGCUUCUGAGGAGCAGGGAGUGGAGACUGAUGACAUUCCCCAGCAGUCCGCAGAACCUGGGCACAGUUUGAUUUCCAGCUAUGCAGACUACAUGACGAGUGAUAUUAUGAGUGUCAUUAAAAGGCAAUUGGAACCAACUGCGAGCAGGAAUGCUGCAUUCGACUUGAGCCAACCCCUACCUGACUGCCAGUCUACAUCCAUUGGUGGAACAGGUGUCAUGCACAAAGAAGGUGAUUUGCAUGUGUCUCCAAUGGAAUUAGAUGCAGGCACUACUCCCAGCACUGAUGAUAAUGGCUUCCUGGGUUUGGCUACUAAGCUUUCCUCUAUUAUUAUUCAGGAAGCACAUGAAGAGAUUAAUAAGGGGCUAACUGUGAGCCAAGGCUCUUCCUCCCAGUGCACCAUUAGCACCUUAUCAGAAGAGAGGAAGAUUAGCGGCAUUCAGUCGGUUGCGGAGGAAUUUGCAUCAAAACUGAUACAGGAACUGGACUCUAUAUGCAUGGAGGAAUUAAGAGACACAAUAAUGACAUUGACCUCGAGGGCUCUUUUGGAAAUGGAUGGAAGUACAAUGGACCAUGAAUCGUGUACCAGUGGGAGGUUCUCUGAAGAAGCUGGAUAUAUAAACUCAGUCAGAUCACCAGACACACCAAUGCCUUGCUGCACCAAGAACUGUUGCGGGAGAGAUCAGCAUUAUCAGUUUCCCAGCCCAGUGGUCUGUGAUCCCCCCAUAAGUGAGGUGGAAAAUCAGUACAGGUUUUUCAAUUCAUUUUUAAGAGAGUACGGGACAGGGGGCUCCAUCACAACAAGACAACACCAAGAGCCAUCCUGUUUUUCAGCUCCAGCAAAAUCUGUAUUCUCCAGCAAGAGUUCGCUGGACUAUCCUGAUGCUCCUCCGCCCACCCCCCUCGUGCCAGAGAAAGGUAAGAGCCGGAGCAGCUUCUCCAGGAAACUGAAAGGUGGCCUCGCCAAGGAGUUCCUCCCAUCUCCCCCUCCGCCAACCCCCAAGGAAGACUCUACUAGUUCUCCUAGGAAAGAGCAAGACACUGGGGAUAAGGCAGAGUUCAUGGCCAAACUCAUGAGGUCACUGUCUCUGGAGUAUUCAGAAAGAGAAAGGGAAGCAGAGCAAAGUAUUGGCCAGGCCAAGGAGGAUGGAAGGUCUCGGAGGCAUUCAAGUGAGAAUCAAGGAUUUCAACAGAUUUCAGUCUAUGCUAACCAGUUAGCUUUAUCUAUAAUGGGCUGGAGCGCAAAUGAAAAUUUUUUAAAAGACCCGAAUGUGGAGACUGGGGAGAGCUGUGUGGACAGCACUUCAACAAAAGGUAAUCUAGAAAACAUCCAGGAGCAGUCUCAGAUGCAGAGUGUGGCUCCCAUAAGAAUGACUCACAGCCCACUCAGCCCUGUGUCUGUCUACGCAGAGAGGAUGAGUCAAGAAAUAAGAGGGGAGGUUUUGGCAAUUCAAAGAGAAAUGUUGCUGGAAACCAAAGUCCCCCGCAAAGCCAAGGCAGCAGCAACAACAACUAAUGGGAUCCAGCCACAUUGUGAAGCGAAUCUCAGCCACAUGGCAGAAAGGCUUGCUGAAGAACUGAUUCAGGCUUCGUUUCAGAUGCUUGUGACGCCCACAAAGGCUGGUCAGUGUCGGGUAUCAGGACAGGCAGAGACAGGGGAACAGCUGUCCAGAACUGUCCCUCAUCCAGACCGACAUGUGAUGUUCAGCCAGCAGUCGGUUGUUUUUGAAGGGGGCGAUAAAGAAAUGCCAGACUCAUCAGUGGAGAAUGUAUCAACUAACCCACCUGCACCAGGCAAAUGCUGUGUGCCAUACACUUGGGAGACCAAUAUUAACUUUGGUGCUUUCCAAAAUGCAGACCUGACCCAAUUUGCAGGGUUAUUGAUUAAAGAUGUCCUGCAGGAAGCUGUCAAACAACUCAAGGAAACCCCUUUUGACAAUGUAAAAGAUCAGUGCCCAUUCGGACCAACCAUGGUAGAGGAAAUAGCAGAGAAGCUGAGUAGGAAGAUCUUGGCCUGUACCAUUCCUUCAGUGGUGGAACAAGAACACCACCAACUCCAUAGGAACCUAUAUGAAAGAGAGGGCGCAUCUGCAGUUACCAUUUCCCAGCACACUGGAAGGACAGUCAAUGGAGGUUGUACACAGUCACACCAGCCAAAAGUGAUUGACUUUGAAAUGAUGAAUUGGCAUGGGUCAUAUGCCGAGGAUUUAGCUAAAGCUGUGCUGAAAGCUUCAUUGGAUGAAGCUGGCAAAUACUGUAGUGAUUUUUUUAAUAGACCUAUUUUAAAGCCUGCCACUGGCACAAAAAAACCCACAACCUUCAGGUUCACACAUGUGAACUCAGGAGAAGAAAGUGGAUUCCCAAAUGGAGGGGCCUUAAAGGCAUACCAGCACACUGACCCCGAAGGAGCCUUCUCUGCAUCCAGGAAGCCAGGCCUCAGGCCAGUGGUGGCACAGCUGGAUGCUCACUGUGACAUUACCACACAGCAGCUGCAGGGAGUGCUCCAAUGGGCAGUAGCCUCUCAGUUAAACAUACCUGUGUUCCAGUGUAGGACCCCAGCAGAGGAUCUAAGAACACAGUUUUCUGGCCUGGCGAGGAGGGCGGUGGAGGGGGGCUGGACGGUGGGGGACCUGGUGACGGCUCUGCUUCGCUACUGUGACCUGACAGAGCAGGCCGCAGCCAGGGGGCACAGUACACAGAGCUCUCUCCUGGACUGGCUGUGACUGCAUGGAUCUCCUUCACAGACACUUCCCUUAGCAACAGUUCUCCACCCUGAACCAGUCCCAGUUUUCUUUCAAUCCGUUCCUAUAAAAGUGAUUUUAAAGGAUGCCAUCUGUCAGGAGGUGUUUUGUGCCACUGUGAAAAUGCAGCAUUGGAGGUUUAAUGAUUAUCUCAAAGUUUAACCCAAAAUGUCACAAGCAUGAUUUUUACAUGUACUAAUAAACGCACCCAAUAAAGUUACCAAAUCUGAAACAAGCAGCUCAGACGUUUAAUUUAGAGCACUGUGAGCGGUCUGAAGAUUCCUAUUGCUUUUAGAUACAGUGCCAGUUCAGUUCAUGGCAAGCCCUCUCAAAACACUUCAAGACCUAUCAAACAUGACCAAACAAUAAAAUAAUACAAGUAAAAUGAAAAAAAAACAAACAUCAAAUGUAAUCACACUCCAAAGGCUUGAGAGAACAAAUAGGCCUAAAACUUUGCCAGGGAAUCAGCAUUUCUGAUGGACCUUGUCAAAGUAAAUAGCUUUGUCAGUCUAGCCCAUAUUAAGCACUGCAAUGAUAUUUAGCCUCAAGGCAUCUUAUCAUCAUAAGAAAGUUUUGUUAUAUGAAAGAUUUUUUUUAUUUUUUUAUAAAGGAAUCUAUUUACUAACGAUUUAAAAUCUCAUAGGCGGUCUGUGAAUCUUAAUGUACUGGGAAUACAUUUUCAGACAGAAUUCCCUUCAACAAAAAUCCUGGAUUAGGGUUGAGAAGAACAACCUUAUAUAAUUUGGAGCUGCAACUUGGAAUAGCUAAUUUUUUGAUGAAUUAAUACUGACCUAGGUUUCCAUAGAAAAAGAACAAUGACUAAAUGUAAACUUGUGUGUUUUUAAAAAAGUGUUUUUCGAUUUUUUCUUUAAUUAAUUGUUUUGUUUUUUUUACAUCUUUGUUUAUUGAUUGAUGGCAUGUCUAUUUAAUUUUGUUGUACCAUUUCUCUUUCUCUCCUUUCAUGGUCCUUCUUGUAUUUCUUGAGGUACAGGAAAUUGUGUUUUGAAGAUUAUUGCAGGGAAAUUGACUUUGUAUUACGUGCAUUCCUAACCUACUUGUGUGUUGUCAGACAAUCCUAAUAAACAGUACAUACAAAGGUG